CUAAGUUUUAUUUUGAAAGCCGUGCCGUUUUAUUUCAGCGAAUGUAAUAGCUUCUGAAGAGAUGAUCUUGGCAGCGCAUGCGCGAAAACCGAUCGGGCUUUAAUUCGAGAUGCAAACCUCUUGCACUUUCAGCGCUUCUCUGAAGGUUUCUGUAGCACAAACGGACCAUUUUGACAGCUCUGAUGUGGCAAGCAAACUGCCGACGAAUGCAUCAUUUAGCAGACUGGAUUUCAGGUACAGUGAUGGGGGGCUGCGUGGGGAGGAGGAGCAGGAGCGACGGCCACGGGAGUGUCCGGAGCUUGACUCGAGGCAAAAAACGCGGAGGACGGAAUGAACCUCUCAAGAAGGAGCGUCCCAAGUGGAAAAGCGAGUACCCGAUGACCGAGGGCCAGCUCAGGAGCAAGCGGGAUGAGUUUUGGGACACGGCGCCGGCUUUUGACGGGCGCAAAGAGAUCUGGGAUGCGCUCCGCGCGGCAGCCCUGGCCGCUGAGUGCAACGACCUCGAGCUGGCGCAGGCCAUCGUGGACGGAGCCUGCAUCACUUUGCCUCACGGCUCUCUCACAGAGAGUUACGAUGAGCUGGGUAACCGCUACCAGCUUCCAGCGUACACUCUGGUACCGCCCGUCAACUUGAUCAAUGAAACAUGCAGCGAGAGCAAAGCCUGUGAAUCCACGCAAAAGCAAGUGGAGCCACCUCCGUGCAGGCAAGAGUUCCAGCUGCGAGUGCGAUUGUCCUCAGGCAAGGACGUGCGUCUAACAGCCAGCUUGGCCGACUCCAUCGGUGAGCUGAAGAAGCAGCUGGAGGAUCGGGAGGCCAUCGACGUGUCCCGCCAGAGGUGGUUCUUCUCUGGGAAACUCCUCACGGAUAAGACUCGUCUGCAGGACACCAAAAUCCAGAAAGACUUUGUUGUCCAAGUCAUCGUCAACAUGAACCCUCCGCUUAUAGCCAACUGAGAGGGGUGCAAUGAGUUGCCAGAGAGAAAGAUGGAGAGACAGAGAAAGAGAAGCUCGGCUUGAAAGGUUGAUGCACUGGAACCUUCUGUACAAUUUUCUAUGAGUAUUGCUUUUAUAAUGUUCCUUUUUUUGUAUCUGUUCUCCCUCUUUUUCCAAAUAAUCUAAAGAAGCACUGAAACACUUUAGAGCAGGGGUGGUCAACCUACAGCCUGUGGGCCGAGAGCAUACCAACCCUUCAAUACGCAUAACAUGAAUUUGGGUAACUUCAUGUUCUGUUUUCAUGAAUUUAGGAUGGCCCUCAGAAGACUUUAGAAAAACUGAAAUGCUCCAUGAUAGGGCAGAGGUUUUCCACCCCUAUGUUAGAUGAAAAGCAAUAUGGCCAAAAUGCACAAUCCUAUUUGCGUCACUGAACCUCUGACUUUCACCUCCAAUUUGUUUUGUGUGUUUGUCUUCUUUCUCCGAAGCAAACUCGGUAAUGUUUGCUCAAAAGUCCAAAUAUAGAAAAUCCAUUCUCAUUGUUUUUCAUGUAAUUUGAGACAUUAACAGGGAGACGGGAAAGUAAAUGUAAAUAUUUGCAUCUUUGUGUGUUGUUUGGUCAGUUGACUGUGCUCAGUCAUUGUUAUUCUAUGGCUGUAUCCCAAAUAAAGACAUGAAU